AAGGGGAAGGGAAGACUGGACUGACCUGCCAGUAUGUGGUCUCCUUUGCAAUCCUCAUAGGAUGAUGUGAUUGCGGUGGAAUGGACCUGGAGCAAUUAGUUUACUGGAGCAAUUAGCAGCCGCUUCGCCCAGUCGUUGUCUUCGUCUGGUAAUCGCCAUUGAUUUCCAAUCCACACCAGAUCGCGGAGGAGAAGAGGGGGCAGUCCUGGCUGCUGCUCGAUUCGCAGCGCAGGGACUCUCCUCUCCUCCGACUAGCCCAGCCCAGCGGCUCCUGCGCGGGCACCGGCCAUGGCGUCCCUCCCCUUCCUCUGCCUCAUCCUGCUCGUCCCGCUCCUCGCUGCCGCGCAGCGGAUGCCCUCUUUCUCCGCCAACGACACGGCCUGGCGCCCCGCCGACAGCAACCGCACCCUCGUCUCGCCGCAAGGGGACUUCGCCGCCGGGUUCGUGGCGGCGAGCUCCGCUCCGCCCGCUCCGCCCAGUUACCGCUUCGCCGUCUGGGUCGUCGGCGCCAACUCCACCGACAGGGCCGUCAUCUGGUACGCCCACAAAUCCGCCGACUCCUCCCCCAUCGAUGCCGUCGUGGCCGACGGCACCUCCGCGCUCGCCGUCGACGCUUCGGGCCGGCUCGCCUGGACUGCCGGCGGGAACAACACCGCCAUCUGGUCCCCUGCCAUGAAUUCCUCCACGGGCACGGCGGUUCUGCAGCUCAACGACUCGGGGAGUCUCGUCUACGGCGCGGCCUGGUCGAGCUUCUCCGAGCCAAUCAACACGCUCAUGGCGGGGCAGGCCAUACCAGGGGGAGGCAGCGCCAACAGGACGCUCCAGUCCGCCAACGGCCGCUACACGCUCGUCAAGUCCGCCACGCUGCAGUACGGCAACCUGAUGUACGCCAACAUCAGCGGCGGCGGCUCCCUGCUCAACCUCACCAACGACGGCAAGCUCCUCCUGAGCGGCGGGAACGGGCAGCUCAUCGCCUCGGACCAAGGCACCAGCAAACGGGUGCGGCGGCUCACGCUCGACGACGACGGCAACCUGCGGCUCUACAGCCUGCUGCCCAAGACCCGGCGGUGGAACGUGGUGUGGCAGCUCGUGCAGGAGCUCUGCACCAUCCGGGGCACCUGCAAUGCCAGCAGGAUCUGCGUCCCCGUCGGCGCCGACAGCGUCAGCUGCGUCUGCCCGCCGGGGUACCGCAACGCUACCGCGGACGGCCCCUGCGCGCCGAAGCAGAACUACACCGGCAGGGGCAACGACGACAAGUUCGUCCGGAUGGACUUCAUCUCCUUCUCCGGCGGCGCGCUCAACACGCUGUCGGACUCUGGCCCCUGGAUGAAGAAGCAGACGCCGCAGAACCUCGCGGAAUGCGAGAGAAUCUGCCGGCAGGACGCGGGCUGCGUGGCGUUCGGGUACAAAUUCGGCGGCGACCGGACGUGCCUCCAGUACAAUCGGCUGGUGGACGGGUACUGGUCCCCGGCGACGGAGAUGUCGACGUACCUGCGGGUGGUGUCCUCGGACAACGACAGCAACCCGUUCACGGGGAUGACGGACAUGAUCCAGACGGUGUGCCCGGUGCGGCUGGCGCUACCGGUGCCGCCGAAGCAGGCGAAGACGACGAUCCGGAACGUGGCCAUCAUCACGGCGCUGUUCGCGGUGGAGCUCCUGGCCGGGGUGCUGUCGUUCUGGGCGUUCCUGCGCAAGUACUCGCAGUACCGGGAGAUGGCGCGGACGCUGGGGCUGGAGUACCUCCCCGCCGGCGGGCCCCGGCGGUUCUCGCACGCGGAGCUGAAGGCGGCGACGAAGGACUUCUCCGACGUGGUGGGGCGCGGGGCGUACGGGACGGUGUACCGCGGCGAGCUCCCCGACCGGCGCGCCGUGGCGGUGAAGCAGCUGCACAGCGUGGGCGGCGGCGAGGCGGAGUUCUGGGCGGAGGUGACCAUCAUCGCCCGGAUGCACCACCUCAACCUGGUCCGCAUGUGGGGGUUCUGCGCCGACCGGGACCAGCGGAUGCUCGUCUACGAGUACGUGCCCAACGGCUCGCUCGACAAGUACCUCUUCGCUGGUGGCGGCGGCGGCGCUGCUGCUGCCGGAGAGGAGAACGACAACUCCUCCUCGUCGGAGCAACAGCAGCAGCAGCCAUUGCUUGACCUCCACACCCGCUACCGCAUCGCCCUGGGCGUGGCCCGCGCCAUCGCGUACCUCCACGAGGAGUGCCUGGAGUGGGUGCUCCACUGCGACAUCAAGCCGGAGAACAUCCUGCUGGAGGACGACUUCUGCCCCAAGGUGUCCGACUUCGGGCUGUCCAAGCUGACGAGCAAGCGCGACAAGGUGACCAUGUCCCGGAUCCGGGGCACCCGCGGGUACAUGGCCCCCGAGUGGGUCAUCCACCGGGAGCCCAUCACGGCCAAGGCCGACGUCUACAGCUUCGGCAUGGUGCUGCUCGAGAUCGUCUCCGGCCGCCGCAACUACGGGUUCCGGCAGGAGUCGGUGGGCAGCGAGGACUGGUACUUCCCCAAGUGGGCGUACGAGAAGGUCUACGUGGAGCGCCGCAUCGACGACAUCAUCGACCCGCGCAUCGCCGCCUCCUACGACGACGCCGCCAGCGUCGCCACCGUCGAGCGCAUGGUCAAGACCGCCAUGUGGUGCCUGCAGGACCGCGCCGAGAUGAGGCCCUCCAUGGGGAAGGUGGCCAAGAUGCUCGAGGGGUCCGUCGAGAUCACCGACCCCGUCAAGCCCACCAUCUUCUGCGUCCAGGACGACUAGUCGAUCAGCUGGCCAUUCCAGCCAGAUGUGAAUGUGAAUUCCCCUGCUGUUCGUUUAUAGAAAUUACCACUACUAGUUACUGCGUACUACUGCAGCAACUGCAGAUCGAGUUCCCCUGUUGGGGGCUUUUUUAAGAAAAAGGAUGUUCCCCCUGAUGGAAUGGAAGAAAGAAACUCAUAUUUCUGCCUGGUCUCGGCCGAAACAGAGCAAAAGCAAAACAGA